AUGAGUGUAUCGAUAGGGACGAGCGAUGCUAAAGCAGAAGUCCAGGCUAGAAGUGAGACUAGCAAGGGAAACGGAGGAGGCAGCACUGAAGUGAUCUCAAAGAAUGGCUUUUGCAAUGAGAAUUCCUCGACCCUGACCUGUGGUAGCGCAUUGGACUACAUGUCAUUUGAUAAGAGUCCCGAGACUACUGGACUCAGCUCGUCACGACAGCCAAUGCGAUCUGUGCUGAGUCAGGACAAGAAAGUGAUACAUCAACCGGUCAAAGAUUAUCCCGAUAUAUCUGUCAGGAUGACAGGCAAGGCGCCUUUUGACGCAGAGUCGAAUUGGCAACGCCCAAUGAUCAAUGAGCUGGCAGCUGGCGAGGAGAAGCUUUUUGGAGGGUCAAAGUCAAGCAUCUCGAGAGUGGAAGGAUCAUAUCAGGAUGAGAGAAAGGGGUAG